AUGGCGAGUAAAAACAGUAAUGAUUAUAUGAAAGAAGAUUUGAUAAUUGAGAUUCUCUUGAGGCUGCCGGGAAAAUCACUUAUGCGAUUGAAGUGUGUUUGUAAAUAUUGGUCCACCCUGAUUAAAAGCUCUAGUUUCGUUUCCUGGCACUUCCACCAUCAUAGCAACAUUGGUCAGCUCUUUGUUGAACAUUACGAUCAUAGCACCGAAAAACAUGCUUUUGCCUUGUUUACAGAUAAAACGCUUGCUAACUCAUGGAAUGAAUAUUACAAUCUUGGUGAUCUUCAAAUGCCCACCAACCCGGGUUUCCUUGGUAUCUUAAAUGGCAUAAUCGGUCUUUGCGUUUGGAAUCACAUCAUUCUGUGGAACCCCGCAAUUAGAGAAUUUAGGUUCGUUCCUAUUCCAGAGCCCGAUCUUCCAAUUUUCACUUACCACCAAAGAAAUUUUUCAGGAUUUGGAUUUGAUCCCAUCACCAACAACUACAAGGUUGUACGGAUUUGGGCAUAUGGGGAGCAUAUGGAUGAGCUGCAAAUUGAUUGGCUUGCUGCAGUAUAUAACCUACGUGCUGAUUCUUGGAGAUUUUUCGAGGUUGAUUUGCCCAUAACUAGUGAGGAGCGUUAUUCUUUAACCAACACAUGUAUGAAUGGAUUUUAUUAUUGGAUGACCUAUUACAAUGACGUUAUAACGAUCUUUACGUUUGACAUGGAUAAAGAGAUUUUUGGAGAUAUACCAGGCCCUCCGGUUCCCAUCUAUUAUUGUGGGGAUAUAUUCUUGCACAAUAAUUCUCUCACUUUGAUUCAUUCGGAUUUUGGGGAUGAGACAUUCUUUGAUAUAUGGGUGAUGAAAGAUGAGGGGUUUUGGACGAAAGAAUUAACUAUUGGACCUUUUCUAGAUUUUGAUAGAGCCCUUGGUUUUUGGAAGAAUGGUGAGAUAUUCCUACGAACUAAAACCUCAGAUUUGGUUUUAUACAAUUGUAAUACCCAAGAAAUUAAGGUCUUUCAACUUCGUGGAUACUGCUACGGUUUUCCUAUGAUUUCUAUCUACAAGGAGAACUUAGUUUCAAUUAAGAGAGCAAACGAACAUGAAGAACAGAACAAUGUGUUCGAUCUGACUCAAAUUCAAGAGGUCCCAUAUUUUUGGUAA